UCGAAACACUGUUUUGAUAUAGACAGAAUCCAAAUUUAAUAACUCGGACUCCCGACCACUACAAAUGGUCUAAUAGAAUACACCCCUUUGAGUUUUAAACAAAAAGUAUCAAUUGCACGCACUGCUCGGUGUGAAGCCGUUCUCAAUUCUCACCGUCUCUCAUUUGGGACCGAGACGGCACAUGUUCUUGAGCUUUUCUUCCGCAGCUACUCACUUGAUUCGGUUCAUGUCUUCAAAACCUCAGCGCGUUCGUCCACGUAAAUACUCUUUCAGAAAUCCAAAACCCUGAAAUUUUUAUCGCUUCAGUGUCCGGGCCUUCUUCUUGCUUUAGUUUUCCAACUCAUUUUGUCGAACAGUUGCAGAAACCUCCUGGCAAAGCGCACUGAAGAAGGAAAGGACUAUGGCAACCUCCACCGCUACAGAUACUCACAUGAAGGAUGCAUUUGCCAAGUACACUGAUUACCUCAAUAGCCUCAACGAUAAACGGGAAAGAGUGGUAAAAGCAAGUCGUGAUAUAACUAUGAAUAGCAAAAAGGUCAUAUUUCAAGUUCACAGAAUGAGUCAAAACAAUAAAGAUGAAGUUUUGGGGAAAGCAGAAAAAGAUCUUGGUGCUGUGACUGCACAAUAUGUGUCACGUCUUGUAAGGGAGCUACAGGGGUCUGAUUUCUGGAAGCUGAGGCGCGCUUAUUCUCCAGGGGUUCAAGAAUACGUUGAAGCGGCCACACUUUAUCAUUUCUGCAAGACUGGGACCCUUAUUAACCUCGAUGAGCUUAAUGCUACCUUGAUCCCAUUGAGUGACCUUUCCACUCAGCCACUGCAGAUUAAUAUACUGGACUAUAUUUUGGGGCUAGCGGAUUUGACAGGAGAGCUCAUGAGGUUAGCAAUCGGGCGCGUUUCAGAUGGGGAACUUGAAUUUGCUCAUAAGAUUUGCAGCUUUGUACGCGAAAUCCAUCGGGAGCUUACACUUGUUGCCCCACUUAUGGAAGACCAUUCUGACAUGAAAAUUAAAAUGGAUACAAUGCUCCAAAGUGUUAUGAAGAUUGAAAAUGCUUGUUAUGGCGUCCAUGUGAGAGGAUCUGAGUUUGUUCCCCUUCUUGAAUCGGACGGCUCAGGUUUCCCAUUGCCACUUGGCGUGUCUGACAUCAACUGAUGAAACUAACUCCAAUAGAUGAAACUCAAUUGUCUUUUUCUCCCUGUUUCGUUUUCAUUUUACUUCCCCUCAUCUUCCAUAAUUACGUUUUUUCAGUAAUAUCCUUACUAAUGAGUCUUGAACUAGAAGUUGGCUCAAUCUGUUGGCCGACUGGUAAGUGGUAAUGAAACUUAUAACGUGUUCGUAUUUGGGCCUGUUUCAAAUGUGAAGUUGAUAUGUAGCCCAGUGUUACCCACUAAUUAUUUUAGUCUCUUACUGGAA